AUGCCUUCCAACAACUCCUCCACCUCGAGCUCUGGCUCCAACUCCACUUCCAACGGCAGCGGUUCUUCGUAUGAAGUCACCUCCAGCGGCACCAACAGCGAGGGCAACCACUACUGCUCCCGCGACUACGGCUCUAGUGCUGCCAACGACAACUCUUACCACUACUCCAACACCGACGGCUCGUACUACUACAGCGACCCCAAUGGCUCGACCUACUACAACUCUGGCUCUGGCUACUCCGACUACACUCCUCCUGGAGGCAAGUAG